AUGAGCACUGAAUAUCAAGAACAUUCUGAUGGCCAAGGCAGCCCGGCCCCAAGCAAUGCUGGCUCGACGGGUACUUCGGGUAUCACGGUGCGCAAUGGACCACAAGGUCAACCGCUGAGUUUCAGAAGACAACGUGCAUCACGCGCGUGCGAGGUACGAUGUGAUGCCGCUAGUCUAGGGGUGCCCUGCACCAAUUGUGUCGCUUUCUCGAUCGAAUGCAAAAUUCCCUCCCCGAAACGGAAGAAGAACAAUGGGAGCAAAGGCAAAGAAGAUACCCAGUAUGGUGACAGUCCGCCCCCAUCCGCCUCCUCCCUCGUCGACGCUGCGGUCGCGCACUUCCGACCCGACAACGAGGAUCCGGGUCCGCGCACCGGUUCGAUCUCGGCACCAAAGCAACCCGAACGAGGCCCCGAAUCGGAAGACAAGAGCAAUGCCUUUGGAUACAGGAACAACCGUAUGGGUGUUGAGGGGAUGCCUACCACGGCCCUCUCCGAGGCCGAGGCCGCUCAACAAGCGUCAGCCAACAACGCAUAUGCUCAGUUCAUGAAGCCCAAGUUUGCUCGUGCCCCCAUCAAAGAAGCGGGUCGGGUUGCGUAUUUGGGCGAAUCCUCCAACCUGUCUCUUUUGGUCCAGGAUCGCCAUGGAACGACCGAUGUCGUGCAUUAUCCGCUCCCACCAAACGUCAGAGGCUCUCGUGCCCGUUUGACGGAUUUGGAUAACUUGGAAAUUGAUAUUCUGCACCAGCGAGGUGCAUUCUUGCUCCCGCCUAAGCAGCUAUGUGAUGAGUUGGUCGAGGCCUACUUCAAAUGGGUCGCCCCGGUGGUACCCAUUAUCAACAAGAGUCGGUUCAUGCGUCACUACCGGGACCCCAAGAACCCUCCCUCCCUGCUACUUUUGCAGGCGAUCCUGCUGGCAGGAUCGAGAGUUUGCACCAAUCAGCAGCUGAUGGAUGCAAAUGGUUCAACGACACCCGCUGCCAUGACUUUCUACAAGCGCGCCAAGGCGCUGUAUGAUGCUAACUACGAAGAUGAUCGUGUCACCAUUGUCCAAGCACUGGUGCUUCUGGGCUGGUACUGGGAAGGACCUGAAGAUGUUACCAAGAACGUGUUCUAUUGGACGCGGGUUGCAAUGGUUGUCGCUCAAGGAUCUGGAAUGCACCGCAGUGUUGAAAUGUCCCAGCUGAAUAAACCAGACAAGCGACUUUGGAAGAGAAUUUGGUGGACUUUGUUCACUCGUGAUCGUUCUGUCGCCGUUGCUUUGGGGCGACCCAUCGGAAUUAACACAGACGAUUCAGACGUCGAGAUGGUCACCGAGGAUGAUUUCAUCGAGGAUGAGCUCGAUACACCUGCCGAGUAUCCAGCUGAUCCAGUUCACGUCCAAUUCUUCUUGCAGUAUGUCAAGCUCUGUGAAAUCAUGGGCUUGGUUUUGUCGCAGCAAUACUCCGUGGCUUCCAAAUCCCGGCGUAUGAACGCAAUGGACCUUACCCACUCGGACAUGGCAUUGGCCGAUUGGUUGCAGAACUGCCCUAAAGAAGUAUGCUGGCAACGGUCUCGGCAUCACUUCUGGGCAGCUCUGUUACACUCAAACUAUUACACUACGCUUUGUCUUCUGCACAGAGCUCACAUGCCGCCUGCUUCGUCCGCGCCAAAUAAUUACAGAGUCGAAGAGAUGGCCUAUCCCUCACGCACAAUUGCCUUCCAGGCUGCGGGCAUGAUCACAUCUAUUGUUGAGAAUCUCCAGGCACAUGGUGAGAUCCGAUACACCCCAGCAUUCAUUGUUUACAGCUUGUUCUCUGCAUUGAUCAUGCACGUGUAUCAAAUGCGUUCGUCGGUUCCUUCUAUCGUGGCCACAUGCCAGGAAAGAAUCAACGUGUGCAUGCUAGCCCUGAAGGAUGUAUCAAAGGUCUGGCUGGUUGCCAAAAUGGUGAACACUCUCUUUGAGUCAAUCCUCGGAAACAAGGUGUUGGAGGAGCGACUCCAGAAGGCUGCUGGCAGAAGACACCAACGCACUUCCCGACCCGGCGAGUCUGCUCCGAAGAAGCCCGAUCCCCCGAAGCGCAAGUUCGACGACAUGGAUCUGGGUAUGCCAAACGGUGGUGGCCCCACACCACCAGUAUCAUACGAGCGCUCCCGACCCCAGACCCCCGCCGUCACACCAUCACGGGAGCUGAACCAGCCAGCACCUGGCCCGCAACAAUCCCCCAACACACAUCGGGGACCCCACGACCCGAUGACUGGAACUGGUAACUCGCGCGCCAACACCAGACCCACUACCCCCUUCAACGGCCAGUUCUCUCUCCCCGCCACGCCCCCAGACUUCUUCCUCGUGACUCGCACCUCCCCCAACCUCUCGCCCUCUCUCUGGGAGAACUUCCAACCCGACCAGCUGUUCCCAGAUGGCACGGCCUUCUUCCCGGAGCUAACCUCCCCACAACCACCAUCGGCAUCCGUCGAUCCCAACCUGCAAAUCCCAUCUCAAAUGCCGGGCAUGCCGCCACGUCCUCCGAUGAUGAACGCCCAGCCCGUGCAUGGCCGCAGCAUGUCCGUUUCACAAGGCAGUCCACCCAUGAUGCCUGGCAUCCCUGGGGCCAUGGGCAUGCAGCCCCACCCACCACAAAUGUUCAUGGAAGGCCAACAGCAGCCAUGGCCACCUAUCCAGGGUCUUGACGGGACGAUGAGCGGAGCUGCAAUGGACGCAGCCAGCCAGGAUAAUGAUAAUUGGAGCAGUAGCUCCCGCAGCGGACCUACUGCGCCCACGACGCUCAACGUCGAGGAUUGGUUCCAAUUCUUUGGUAUAAAUGGGGGUUUUGGUGACUUGGCUGCUUGA